UCUCCUAAUAAAUUCAUUCUUUUUCAAGGCGUGAUACAAAAAUAUGGUAUUCUACUUUGAGUCAAAUGUGAUAUCCCCACCUGUGUUAAUUUAUGUUGGCCGAGAUAAACACGAAAACGAAGAUCUUAUUCGUUGGGGUUGGCCAGAAGAUGUAUGGUUUCAUACAGAUAAACUUUCAUCGGCUCAUAUCUAUUUAAGACUACCAGAAGGUAUGACCAUAGACACAAUACCUGCAGAAUUGUUGACUGAUUGUUGCCAGCUGACAAAAGCAAACAGCAUUGAAGGUUGCAAGCAGAAUAAUGUAGCGAUUGUUUACACACCGUGGGCGAACUUAAAGAAAACUGGUGAUAUGGCUGUUGGCCAGGUUGGGUUUCAAAAACAAAAAGAAGUACGCAGAAUAAUGGUCGAAACGAAGAUUAAUGUUAUUAUAAACCGACUGAACAAGACAAAAGUUGAAAAGGAAAUUGAUUACAGAGCGUUACGUGAACAGAGAGAUCAAGCUGAGCAAAGAGAAGCGAAGAAAAAAAUUCAAGAAGAAAAAGCCUUAAAGAAAUUAGCAGAGGCUGAAAAAGCAGAACAAAAGGAACUAAAAAAUUACUCCUCGCUUAUGGUGGAAUCAAAUAUGACUUCAAAUGUUGACAAUCCGAUAGACGAAGAUGAUUUUAUGUAAAAAUAAUAGAAAGAACAG